AUGCCUUCAACUGGAAGUUCGCCUCAACCACCUCAUGUGUACUACUUCAACCUGCAGUAUCACACCUUGAAAAUUAUGCUUCACCGUCCAUUCAUUCGAGUUCAGCCGUCCAUGGAAGCUCUGGGGAAUUUGCAGCAUACACCAAUGUCUCAUCUCCAGUCCGCCACCUUCUCUGCCAUUCGCGUCACCUGGAUCAUCAAUUCAUUUAGGAAAUUGUAUCCUCUGCAUAGGUUAUCACCCUUGGCGGUACAUAGCUUGAGUAUGGCCUCGCUCAUAUACUUGUUUAAUGCCUCGUCGCAUGAUUCCGAAUUAAGGCAACGAUCUUUGAAAUUGAAAUCAAUCAAUUUUCAAAUCCUGGACCAGAUGAGCUCGACCACGAAGUGCAGUAUCGAGGCUAUUAAAAUCCUGACGUCGAUGAUUGAAAAGGCGACGGACGCUCCGGCUCGGGAUCCAUGCGAAGUAUCGGGGCAAUUGGACUCGAUGGGAACUAUCAAGUCUCCUGCCCUAGUACAUCCUAUACCUACAUAUGAACCAGCCAUUCCCACCGCACCGGAACAGUUGGGGGCGGGCACAAGAUCAGAGAACCAAUCUACUGUUGACGAAGACAUGGACUGGUUUGACCUUCCUCUAAGCGAUGUAUUCUUGGUAGAUGGAGUCUCGUGGGAUGAUGUAAUUAAUGGAGAGCUAUGGUAG